CCUGAGCCCGACUUUUCAUAGGCUGGGGAAGAAAAGCUUGAGAAACUUGACAUUGUCUUGGGCAGAGUGCGUGUAGCAACAGAUCAAAGAAAAAGGAAGAAAACGUGCUCUUUGCUGCCUGUGGAUCUCCCUGAGUUGCUUUUGUCUUGCGGGCUUCUGUUGGGUUUGGUGUUUCCCCUCUGAAGACCGCGGCGUGGGCUUCGAGGCAGCUCGCUCCCUGCCGGAUGGGUCAUGGAAUUCUAAACAUGAGGCAGAUAGCUGAUCAGCUUCCUUGGAUUUUGCUGAUGACCCAGGAGAGCUUCGCCUGAAGAUGGAAACACUGGAGUCGGAGCUGACCUGCCCUAUUUGUCUGGAGCUCUUUGAGGACCCUCUCCUGCUACCCUGCGCACACAGCCUCUGCUUCAACUGCGCCCACCGCAUCCUGGUGUCACACUGCGCCACCAACGAGUCUGUGGAGUCCAUCACCGCCUUCCAGUGCCCCACCUGCCGACAUGUCAUCACGCUCAGCCAGCGAGGUCUAGACGGACUCAAGCGCAACGUCACCCUGCAGAACAUCAUCGACAGGUUCCAGAAAGCAUCAGUGAGUGGGCCCAAUUCCCCCAGCGAGACCCGCCGGGAGCGGGCGUUCGACGCCAACACCAUGACCUCCGCCGAGAAAGUCCUCUGCCAGUUCUGUGACCAGGAUCCUGCCCAGGACGCUGUGAAGACCUGUGUCACUUGUGAAGUGUCCUACUGUGAUGAGUGCCUGAAAGCCACUCACCCAAACAAGAAACCUUUUACAGGCCAUCGUCUGAUUGAGCCAAUUCCGGACUCGCACAUCCGGGGGCUGAUGUGCCUGGAGCACGAGGAUGAGAAGGUGAAUAUGUACUGUGUGACCGAUGACCAGUUAAUCUGUGCCUUGUGUAAACUGGUUGGGCGGCACCGAGAUCAUCAGGUGGCAGCUUUGAGUGAGCGCUAUGACAAAUUGAAGCAAAACUUAGAGAGUAACCUCACCAGCCUUAUCAAGAGGAACACGGAAUUGGAGACCCUUUUGGCUAAACUCAUCCAAACCUGUCAGCAUGUGGAGGUCAAUGCAUCACGUCAAGAAGCCAAAUUGAUGGAGGAGUGUGAUCUUCUCAUUGAGAUCAUUCAGCAAAGACGACAGAUUAUUGGAACCAAGAUCAAAGAAGGGAAGGUGAUGAGGCUUCGCAAACUGGCUCAGCAGAUUGCAAACUGCAAGCAGUGCAUCGAGCGGUCGGCAUCCCUCAUCUCCCAGGCGGAACACUCUCUGAAGGAGAAUGAUCAUGCGCGCUUCCUACAGACGGCUAAGAACAUCACCGAGAGAGUCUCCAUGGCAACUGCAUCAUCCCAGGUCCUAAUUCCUGAAAUCAACCUCAAUGACACAUUUGACACCUUUGCCUUAGAUUUUUCCCGAGAGAAGAAAUUGCUAGAAUGUCUGGAUUACCUUACAGCUCCCAACCCUCCCACAAUUAGAGAAGAGCUCUGCACAGCUUCCUAUGACACCAUCACCGUUCAUUGGACCUCCGAUGAUGAAUUCAGCGUGGUUUCCUAUGAGCUCCAAUACACCAUAUUCACCGGACAAGCCAAUGUUGUUAGUCUGUGUAACUCUGCCGAUAGCUGGAUGAUCGUGCCCAACAUCAAGCAGAACCACUACACGGUCCACGGUCUGCAGAGCGGCACCAAGUACAUCUUCAUCGUCAAGGCCAUCAACCAGGCGGGCAGCCGCAGCAGCGAGCCCGGAAAGCUAAAGACAAACAGCCAGCCAUUUAAACUGGACCCCAAAUCUGCACAUCGAAAGCUGAAGGUGUCCCACGAUAACUUAACAGUAGAACGUGAUGAGUCAUCAUCCAAAAAGAGUCACACGCCUGAACGCUUCACCAGCCAAGGGAGCUACGGUGUAGCUGGAAAUGUGUUCAUUGAUAGUGGCCGGCAUUACUGGGAAGUGGUCAUAAGUGGAAGCACAUGGUAUGCCAUCGGCCUUGCUUACAAGUCAGCCCCGAAGCACGAGUGGAUUGGGAAGAACUCUGCUUCCUGGGCUCUGUGCCGCUGUCACAAUAACUGGGUAGUGAGACACAACAGCAAGGAGACCCCCAUCGAGCCGGCCCCCCACCUCCGGCGCGUCGGCAUCCUGCUGGACUAUGAUAAUGGCUCCAUCGCCUUCUACGACGCUUUGAACUCCAUCCACCUCUACACCUUCGACAUCACAUUCUCGCAGCCUGUGUGCCCCACUUUCACGGUGUGGAACAAGUGCUUGACCAUUAUAACUGGCCUCCCCAUCCCAGACCAUCUGGACUGCACAGAGCAGCUGCCGUGAGCACCUGGCCACGCGGGCGGGGCUACUUUCUGGGGAAUAAAAAGGGUCGUGGCCACCAUUUCAGGGACAGAGAAAGCACAGGCUUCCAGAGCAUGAUUAAAUGUCGCCAGAAAGUGUCCAGAAAUCGGCUAGGAUAGGACUCAAAGUAGGCGAUCCUCCCCUCUUACUGCCCUUUGUAUUAAGUACACACUUUAAUAAUUUCUUCAAAUUUUUCUUGUAUUUACAGGAAAGUUUAUAGAGUAUUUAUGAAAUGAAAACAUAACCGGAAUUACAACUCUUAGAAAUUAUUUGGCUUUGCACAUUAAGAGGCCCAGAGGUUUACCAGCCCUUUACGACAACCUUUGUGUCAUCACAGUCUGUGGGCUUGAGAAAACAGUCUUUUGUAGUUUCGUAUGCUUCUUUACCUUCUCACAGCAUCGUAUCUCAUACUGAUCCCAUGGUAGGUCCUGUCGCCUCGAUGCUGCAUAACAGAAUAUGCAAUUACCCUAAAAAUUUAAAAAAAAUAGUUUUGAACCUAGUAGGGCAGUAAACGGGCUUUCUCACUGUGGUUUAUUUUGAAGUGUUUUAACUGAUGUCAAAACCGUCUUGGAUCAACUAGAACGGAGAGCAAGAGGGAGACCAGAAAGAAUUGACUUGGGAGCUUGGAAUCCGCCAUGGCCCAAUCUUUAAUCACCCUCGGAUGGCUGGUGGGGUCAUGUUGGAAAGAAAGGUUCCGAAGCCUUUGGCCAUGCAUGACCUCCCCUUUCCCAGGAUUCAGGAUUCUGGGAGAACGUUAAAAAUGAGCUUGCAAUUAAAAAUAGUCACUUGGAAUUCUACUGAUUAUUCAAAACGUCAGAGGCCGAUUUGUCUUUGAUCAGAAGUAGCGUUCUGUUUCAUGACAGAAACCUAUUUCAUUCUUCCUUUUAAUAGUUUCUGUAGGCCUGUGACAUUGCUCUGCUACAUUUAAUAGCUGUCCUAUCUCUCUCUCCCCCAAAUCAUUUUUCUUUGGUUGCUGGGGCUGAGGAAAUAAACAUUUUCUGGUACAAAUGGCAGCACCACUUUGGAUUGACUUUGCUCUCCAGGACAUCAACACAUGGCCCUGACUGUCUCUACCACGUCCAAAUAUAACUCACCUGAAAACACUUAGUAUUUAUGAGUUGCUAAUGACAAGGGACGUUGCAUAAAGUACUAUUUACUAGUAUACGUGCCUCAAAAGUUAUAAACAGACUUUUAUUAAACAAUCUUGAAAGAUGUAGAAGUCCCUCUGUAUUCUAGUAUAGUUCACUAUAGAGUUGUAAGACAAAAACAAAACAAAACAAAAAAACAACAAAAAAAAAGAACAAAACAAAACAAAACCAAAAAAAAAAAAUCAAAUUCACUAUUCCCACGCUGGAACCUGCUAACAGAACCUGCUAAUAGGAUGUUAAGUGGGAUUCUGGGCAUGCUGAUCCGGUAAGAUGGAAUGGUCCAUGAAGUAAGGCUUUCUUAAGCAGUCCUUGGACUUGGACCAGGAAUCCGGCAUUGGUUCUACCUUGACGAAAGGCGUGAUGUCUCUAAGUCAUUUCAUUUGCUAAAAAUAUUUAUCUGAGCUACUGCGUUGGCCAUUUUGACUGAACAGACUGGUGGAUGUAGGCAUUGUUUUUAGCAGUUUUGUUUUUAACCAAAUCAACCAAUUGUCUCCCUAAAAUCCGUCCAUAGACCCGCUGUUUGAGCAUCGUGCUAUGUGAGCACGAGCCUGGACUUCAUGGGCUGUGUCAUGGGCGCUUCUGUCCUCCUCAGCGGCAGAUGCUCUCCUUUUUCUUAACAGAUAGAGUUUAUAUAUUUACUAUAUUAUUUAUACCCAGAUGAAUAUUUUGAUAGCUACUUAGGACAAUUUCACAUUGAAAAGAUGGACCCCUGAGUGGAAAAAAAAAAGUUAAUCAUUCUCUGGAAACUUAAGGGUUGUUUUUUGGUUUUUGGUUGUUGUUGUUGUUGUUGUUUUACAGCAUAAAAACAAUGUGUAUUUGCCUUCCCUGAACAAACUGAAAGGGUUGUAAUUUUUACAUACUGUUUUUGGUAGCUGGAUAACGGAUAUUUUAAUGCACUUUGUACACUAACAGGUUUUAAAUAAAAGGGUCUAAAGCUCAGCUUCUGAGUUUUUAAAAUCAUGGUCGCCAGGUACCAGUAAACGCUACAGUUUGCCUUACGAUGUUAAUGUAAAGCAUUUACGAGGACAAUAUUUCCAUGAAUAUAAUGUUUUUCAAUAUAAAGAAGUUACUACUCAAAUUUUCGCUGCAAGCCAUUUAGUUUAUGUUUCGGCUAUUUUUAUAAGGACGAGAGGGAUUAUGUUAUAAUUUGGUUGUGGAAGUCUCACUCUUUGCUAACUUAAAAACCUUGUGGAUAGUAGCGGUUACUAUUUCCAUGUUGUCAUAUUUACAGGAAAGUAUGUAUAUGGUGAAAGGCCACAGUGUUUACUUUCAUUACUGUAAUGAUGUAGAAAAGAUUUCCGUGUGAAUUUUUUUUGAAAGUCUAAAAAAUAUACGCUAUAAACAUUUGCUGCAGUACAAUUCUUUAAGUGGACUGGGGUCAUUGUAUUUUGUUUUUGAGAUCCUUUCUUCCCAGGAAGCAUUGUGACACAGGGAAGAAAGAGAUGGCAGUGCCAAUCACCUUAAUACAGCACCAAGCCUGCCGGGUCUGAUGUCGUGGGUGUGCGAACAGGUGCUGUCACCAUCUUGAAAUUCUUGAUAAUUUUUGAAUGGGAGGCCUGGAUCUUCAUCUGGCGCUGGGCCUCAAAAAUUAUAUAGCCAGUGCUCAUAACAGAACUCAGAAACAUGGUACCUCUCUUCCUGGUGGAUACAAAUGAAGAAACCUGGAUCCAAUGUCAAAAGUGGCUGGCCGUAUAAUUCAAGUAGGAAUCUAAAUGGAUUAAGAGAAGGAUGAGCGUGGGUGAAGAUUUUCUUUCCAGCUCGAAAAAAAAAAAAAAGACUUCAAAAACUGACUGCAAUAGUGUUGAUGACUUCAGCUGGAGAAGAGGAUAUGGCCUGAUGAUGAAUGGGCAGUUUGUCACGGUACUGAGAUAUUGACCCUAAACUUCCCAAGGAACUGAACCGGCUCUGUCCGGUGAACGGGGGAUUCCGUUUCGGCUCCAGGCACAUAUGUGGUGCCUGAAGAGACACACACAUGUAUGCUCGCAUACCUGUGCUUUUGGUGUUGGGAAGUUGAUGAUUUGGUGUACCCUUCAAAAUGUUUAAAAAGGAAACAAAGACCACGAUGUUGGGAGCAGGAGGAUGUUUUUGAAAUUGUGUUUCUCAGCAAGGGCGCGAUUCGGCAAUGUCUGGGGUCAUUUUUGGUUGUCCCAACUUGGGAGAGGGUGCUAUUGGCAUCUCGUGGGUAAAGACCAGGGAUGUUGCUCAACAUCCAUCCAGUGCACCGCACAGCCCCCUACAAUCAAGAAUGAUCCGGGCAAAAUAUCAGUGGUGCCGCAGGGGAGAAGCUUGCUCUUUGGGGUUCUUUAAAGCAAAAUGCUCACAAAUAUGUUUUACUGUUCCUGUAAUCAAUUCAAUGCCUGAUAUAUCAAAAAGAAAAGGGGAAACUUCACUGCAAAACCUUCACUGCGGUGGCUCUUUCACUUAAAAUAUAUAUAUAUAACAAAACCAUUAUAAAAAUCUGGAAUCUGAAAGGUAGUCCAAGCCUGUAUAAAUGGGAAUGCAGGGAUCGGUGUCAUGAAGAUCUGGAUGUGAUUUGCUUAGUUUGGAAAUGCAAAGUAGGCCACUCCUUUGACCUGAACCAAUUCAGCCCCUGGUACUUGCCUCACACUGCCACACCCUCGGCCCAGACUGUUCUCGCCAUUGCUGUUGCUUUCUGGUUCAAAAUAAAGUCAUUUUUGUGGUUCCAAG